AACUAACGUUGAAUCGCGAUUUCUGCCAGAGAUGCGAAGAAAAGUUGUAACACAUCCGUAAUAUGGCUCCAAGGCGUGAGACUUUGACUGCAAAUAUAUUGAGCCCUCAGGAUAUUACUACGACCUCCAGCGGCCAACCUACAGCCCCGUUAGGUUUUCCUCAUUCCACUUCACCUUCGAAUUGAUUCACGAACUUUCUCUCGAAACCGGCAAGAUGGUUUGGCAGGAGUGCAUCCAAUCCAAAGAUCAGCACCGUUGCUGCCGCUUCAGAACCCAGAACGAGCAGUUCUUUGGGAAGAAAACACAAGAUAUCAUGUUCUACUGACCCUAGGCCGAUUCUGGACUCACAUAGUGCUGCUCUGGGGGCUAGGUGAGCUUUCACAUCUCAUUUUUGCUUCUUGUAGAUACUGAAUGGCCUUUAGAUCCGUAAUGGAACUGACCUCACGAAAUCCGAAUUCUCUAGACCUUUCAUCCAUCGGUUUCAAUUCCAGUCAGCCCUCCAGUCCUUCCAGUCCACUUCGGUCAACAUAUGGACUCGGUGACCUCCGAGCAAUCUCUCGACGAGCAUGGUCGAAAUCAGCAGAUGAUCUUAGCAAGCUUUCGGCGGAUGUUUCUCCUGCUAUGGAGGAAAAGAUUGCCCAAUAUCGCAAUCGGAGUAAUAGCAAUACUAGUCCAUUAUCUCCAGGCGGUCCUCCUUCGGCUCCGCCUUUCUUCGAACGCAGUUUAAGCCAUGGUACUGGCGUACAGCCGUUUCCAUCACUGCCGAGAAUCAAUACACCAUCUUCAGCUACUCCAACAGUGUCCAUCUCAAUAUCAGCACCUGUCAUUGACGAAGCUGCACACAAGCCUGCUCCAUCGCCCACCCACGUCCACACACGCUCAUAUUCAUUUACGCCCAAGCUCGCGUCCAAGCUUUCCGCGCCUCGUUUCAUGCCUCCCAGUCCCAAGCGGAAGGGUUCCGCAGGUUCAGAGAUGGAAGGAACGUCAACACCACCUGUCCCUACACGGGGCGCUUUUCCUUUCAGCUCUAGUAGUCGAACUCUUCUUCCCGACUCAUCUUCUUCCUCGAGCACUUCGCAGCCAGUUCAUCGAUCUACUACUCUUCUAGCUCCACCCAAUAUCGUUGAACCUUUCAACGAGUCCUCAGAGUCCAGCUCACCCAAACGGGCCUCCCAAAUCGUAUACCAUAGCGGCUUCAUCAACAAGUUUGCCGACGGUACCGCAAGUCCGCACCAACUUGGAACAGCGAAGGCGUGGAAGCCCUUCAAACUGGAGCUCAAGGGGUCCAAAUUGUAUUUCUAUAAACCUCCGUCUGAUAGGGCAGCAGCAAUUAAAGAGCUAUUUCCUACAGAGCUAGUACCUGUUAAUCAGCAGGAUGAGGACGAAAUUGGUAACAUUGGAGGAGUAGAGGGCGAGCUUGAAGAUGAUCCUUUUGCGUCUGCGACGGCCACGAAUACCCGAAUGGAUAUGCGGCCGACGAGACAGGAAAAUUCCAUUGCGCAGAGGAAAAAAAGAGCGUUCUGGGGUCGACGAACUCAUCCCGAUUUGUCAAAGGAUGCCGAGGGGAUAAUUGAGAAGGGAACAUUUGAGGCACUGACACAUGAGGCCGUCUUUGGCACUACUUUCUUCGGACUAGUGGAAGGGGAGGUCACCGCCGCGGAAAUUAGCAGUGGAAUUGGGAAGGCUAAGAUAGGAUCGAUGGAGCAAUGGAAAGAUUUCGCGGCUUCCAUCCUUCUCUGCAUGCCUCACUUGGUGGAUCAGACGAAGUUCGAAACGGAGCUGAUGAGGUGUUGCGAGUUUCUCGUCAGCGGCGCGGAAGAGGAGAAAAAAUCGGCAGAGAAGCAAAGAGUGGUGUGGUUAGCAGCAGAGUAUCUUCGAUACCACGGGCGGCCACUAGAAUUCCCUGAUUGGCCAGAAUGGAAAGCGGAAAUUGCUCCUGAAGCUAUCACCGUCCCACCCCCAGCCAUGCCUCUACCAAGGUCGACGUCCACACAAGCCUUAUACAACCCCACCCCCGUUGCGUCUCCGAAUAUAGGCAUGUUCUCGCCGAGACCGGGAGAGAGCAGUAACAUGUCAUUAGUGAAUGCCUUAAUUGAGAACGGACGCGAAGCUACUGCCACGCCUCAGCCAGGAUCCGGCAACUCUUACUUCGACCCGACCACGCCUGGGGCUCUUUCUCUUUCGACACCGUUUGGCACACCUUCAAGCCCCACUGUCAACAGGACUCCCUGGGCUUCCGCACUUGAUCGUGAAGGCCUAUCAAGAGAUGUACUUCUCCUGAUUGACCCCAACACCAUAGCACGCAGUCUGACUGUCUUUCAUCUCGCUGUUUUACAACAACUACCGGAAAAUCUCACAGCUAACUUUGUACUUGGGCCGGAAGGAUCGGAAUCGCACCCGUGGUCGACGCAACAACCAUUAUCAUCAUUAUCUGCCACUUCUUUAUUCGGUUCAGACGACCAUCCUCAUUGGCUUACAAAACUGCUAUUGGUGCAAAUCCUUGGGGCAGAUACUUCAACAGGUUACGCUACCCUACGGGGCGCUCAAUUAUCUUCACCGAGCCGAAGAUCUGAAGACCGGGGACCUACGUCCCGUACGCAUUCGCGUUCGGAAGUCAUAUCAGCCUGGAUCAAGAUUGGCGAGCUUUGUCGACUGAACGGGGAUGAGUGCUCGUGGAGAGCUAUCCUUCACGCAAUAUGUGCUGCUCCUGUCGCUCGACUGGAAAAGGCUUGGAAGCGUGUUAAUCCAGUGGCAAUAGCAACUGUGGAAUCUUGGGUUCAACCUGUCAAGGAUGGCGAUCCCGUAAACGGAAUUAGGGAACCUAGAAUAACGCCUUGGGGAGGAAAUAUGAGGAGUAUAAUUAGGGAGCAUUUGUCACAAGCUUCGGUACCGGGACCGACUGGUGACGUUCUGAUGUUGGCGACGCUGGAUAGGGUGCGCAUGUUAUUCGAGGGCUUUCGAACCUCAGUCUCUUUAUGUCCAAGAAAGACAACAAUUUUGGAGGAGGGAAGUAACGAAGAAGUCCAAAAGCUCGUUUCAUAUUGGAAGGACAUUGUCGCUGACGGCGGGGCCUCUAGUGGCCUAGGAAUAAAGUUUCACAGGGUUGAGCAGUUCAUCUCGUUAUCGCUUGCAGCUGAACCUCGACGGAAAGGGCUAUAUGAACCUUUCUAUUGGGCUAAGUCUAAUGGUCAGCCUUUUUCAACUGCACCACUCCUUCCACUCCUUUUUCCAGAGCCUCUACCUACCAUUACCUUACUUGACCGAUCACAAUUCUUUCGCGGGCGCGUGGAUAGCGACUCUAACGACUUUCAGCAUCUCCGCGCUGUUGACGGACAUUUGCGACCUGAGGGCCGAACAUCGGUACCUGCCAGUGACGGUGCUUUCGGUAUUUUGAACCAAGGAGGAAUGACAAUUCCAGUCCAUGAUGGGGACCUUCUGUUGGUGGUACAAAACCCUAUCACUGACUCUUCCUCUACGGGCUCUCGACCCUCAUCUCUCGUGAGGUCUCGACCUCCAAGUUCUGACAUCGACCCUUCGUCUUUACUAGAUGGUAAAUCUGAUAAACCUAUCGGUCGGACGCCCUCCAUCCGAGUCAAGCCUGGGUCCUCCGCUAAUCUAGAGAGAAAGAGUAGCGUCGCUCGUCGUAGCUCGCUCCCAUCAUUGUCGCAGCGUCAGCCUUUAACGCUGGCUGAAAAUUCUUCGGAACCUCCCUUACGGGUUCUCGUUCAGGCGGGCACGUUGGAUCGUCUUGUUGAUGUUCUCGUUCAUGGACUUCAUAAUGUUUCGGUAUCUGUCGCGGAUGACAAUGGUGAAAUGUCAUUGCGGGUCGGAAUGACACGAGAACUGUUGCUGGACCACAAAGAAUUUACCAGAGUGUGGUGGAAUGUUUUUCGUAGUUUUGUGACGCCACUUAUAUUUUUCGAGCUGUUGCGCAAAAUUUACAUCAAAAGCCAGCCGGCAGGGUCACCUCCGUUACCUGAUCAAUAUCUUGCUGCCAUAUCAUCGAAAUCACAGGUUCUCGACGCCAUGAAACUCUGGUUGACGAAGGGUGGCGGAGCUCAAGAUGUAUUGGAUGACUCUCAGCUCCUUCAAGCACUUCGAGCCUUUUUUGCCAGUUCUACUUGGGAUAACAUGACCGAAUCACGGCAAGCCCUUGAACAACUUCUGCUAUCUCAGACAAUGAGGCCAUCGACUUCUCCAACCCAAACUGUUUCUCGAAACGCGGUAACCACGACCGAGUCUCGCCCUCCGGAUAUGGAUCGCAUGAGCCCCAAGGAGUUUGUUGACAAUAUCGACGGGAUGGCAUUUGCGGCCUUCAACAAUGUAACAGAAGAAGUGCAAGGUACUGAUCGAACUGGAUGGUUCCCACCGCGAGAGGCGUCGUCACUGGAUGAGUAUAUCGAGAUACAAACUAUUCACAGCCAUAUUCAGGACGUAGAGCCAUCCUCUCUCAUAUCCGAACUUUCACCUGAAAGCUUGUACCGUCUUCUUCCCCCUGGUAUUCGAAGCUGCAUUCGAGCACACUCAAUCAUACGGAAAUGGCUGAUUUCGAAAAUUGUCGCUCCCCGUAUAGGUCUCCGCGCACGUCAAAUGCGAAUAGAGUUUUUACUGCAAGUCAUUGAAGUCGCUCGGCUGCGUAAUGCGGAGAGUUCUUCACCCAAUUCUGUCUAUGAGCAGCCCUGUGUUCGGUCUUUCGUAGAAGCAGCGGUGACAUCCGCCAUCCUGAGUCCUGAAUGCAGAAUGCACCACCGAGCAUGGCAGAAUGUUUCUGCUAGUCAAUGUUGCAAUUACGACACAAUUUCUCAGCUGCUUGCACGACCCAAAACUCAAUCUGUCGCAUCUAGAGAUCCCUUAACUGUGGACAUGGGCUGGCUGAUAGAGCGGAUUCUGGACGUUAUUGCCAUGCCCGAUCUUGUUGAAUCUCAUAAUGAAGAAGGGCAAAAUCUCGUUAACUUUGAUAAACGCCGUAAUCUCUGCAACUUCAUAUCCAACGCACCGUCACUGCUCUCGCAAAGGCUUGCUCAUCGGAAUGAUAUCAACAGACGAGGCUUCGAAUGUCUCAACAACAUUGAACGCGAAAUUUUCUCCAUUCAAUCUGAUAUCCGCGGAAUCAAGGAUGAGGCAUAUCGGGAGGGCGCUGCUGCGAACGCUCCCGGGACACCGUCAAAAAAGAUUUCGUGGCCCUUUCAAAGACUUGUCGCUAUUCAGAUGGACAAACAUCGGCGGGACAAGAACUUGCGAGCACAUCUACAGAAAGAGAAGACGCAGGAACAAUUUCGUAAUGAAAAACGAGAAGAGCAAUUGGACAAAGCGAUGAAGGGAGGACGAAGACCGACUUCGGUUGCACAGAAGCAGCAUCGCAAUAAGAAAAGCAUGUCGUCGCUUUUCAGUUUUAUGCGACUCAUUUCCAGUGCAUUCGGUGUCGAUAAUUCUCAUUCCCCUGUCCUAAGGAGAACCGCCUCUGAGCUUGAAUUUACUCCUUCCGGAAAGCCAACAUUAGUUGUGAACCUCAUGGAUUCCAGCGUUAACCAUUUCAUCAACAACGAACGUUCUUUCACCUUUAGGCUCGAUACUGAGGACGGCGCAAAGCAAGUGCUGUCGAAGCGGGACAUAACCAAGUGGAUCGAUACUCUUGCCAGGGUCUCAAAAAUAGUGGCAAAACGGCGGCUCACUUACAUCGGGAAUUCUCCCAAGCCUCAGAUCGCGGACCAUAUUCACAACCAACCCGUCACCGCUACCAGGGAUCCUAAAGCAGUGUUUGGUGUAGAACUGAACUUCUUGCUGGAGCGAGAGUACGGUGGUAGUCCAGUACCUCCAAGGACCAUACCGUUUGUCGUUGAACCAUCCUUGGCUCAGGUGGAAGCCCGAGGUAUGAUGGAAAUUGGGAUCUGCUAG